AUGUCGAGAGCUUCCAAAAUAACGCUCGGAGUGACAUCGCUGCUCUGCGCAGCCACAACCGUCGGCGUGUACUUGUUUGCAGAGGAGGAGAACGAUAGGCGUCGCGAAAGAGAGCUGAAUGCCAAGCAGCAAGCCAACGCUCGGGACUUCGAGGCACAGAAACUGCUCAGACAGCAGCUCGAGGCUAGCCAGCCGCUCUCUGGCGAGAUCGUCGAAGGAGUCGAAUCCAAGUAA